AACAGCAGCGAGGCAAAAGGAAGCAAAGGCUAACAAAUAGCAACAGAAGAGAGAUGGCUCAGAGGAAAACCAAUGGAAGCAAACUCUUCAUGAUGGUGUUGUACAUGGUGGCAGCGUGCAGUGCCAUCCCCAUCUCUGACCUGCUCGACCGAGCCUCCCAGCGCUCUGACACACUGCACUCCCUCAGCACGACGCUCACCCAGGACCUGGACUCUCAUUUCCCUCCGAUGGGCCGGGUGAUCAUGCCCCGCCCUUCAAUGUGCCACACCUCCUCUCUACAUACGCCCAUUGACAAGGAGCAAGCUCUGCAAGUAUCAGAGGCAGACCUGUUGUCAUUGGUUCGCUCCCUGCUCCAAGCCUGGCGAGACCCCCUUGUAAUCCUUUCCACCUCUGCUAACACCUUACCUCACCCGGCCCAAAACAGCAUAUCCACCAAAGUCCAGGAGCUGCUGGAGCAUACCAAAAGCCUGGGAGAUGGCCUGGAUAUCUUAUCUGGCAAGUUUGGUCCAGCAGCUCAGUCCAUCUCCUCACUGCCCUACAGAGGAGGCAAUGACAUCAGCCAGGACAGGAUUUCCAGACUAACCAACUUCCACUUCUUGAUGUCCUGCUUCCGCCGGGACUCCCACAAGAUUGACAGCUUCCUGAAGGUCCUCCGCUGCCGGGCAGCAAAAUUGCAACCUGAGAUGUGCUAAAGAUGGAGGCAGACAGCUUGACUCUGAGGGGAGAUCUUUCAUAAAGCUUGUAUUGUCUACCAGUUAUAGAUAAGCACAUACUAUCUGCUAUCUGAGCUACUAUCCUAAUUGAUAAGUAGUUGGCAUUAUGAGCUUCCAGAAGGUGAAGAUGAAGAGGCGUUGCAUGGCACAAACAGGGAAUUAGUUUUAGUCACCUAAAAACCUUUGGCCAUCUAAGGGCCCAAAACAUUGACUCCCCCCUUCCAGUUCUCAAAGUGACUGCAUAGAUGCUGAUAUAAUGUAUAACAUUUAAAUGGAUGGUUUAGGCUCUAUUGGUUUUCCUUGUGCAUUUGCAAAAGAGGCAAACGUUUUUCUUUAAACAGCUUCCUUGUUGACUUAAAAGUCAAAUGUUAAAACAGGUUAAGAUAGUUCAGGUAGGUAGGGGAGCAGCACAGUAAACCUUAAGGCUGUUGUCAGCCUUUUUAAUGGGUCAUUGGAGAACAAAGUAUAGCUCAUACACUUUCCCAGAUGUUUCCAGCUGGUCUGGCCUCAUGAACUGGCCAUAUUGACGCCUCCUUGUCUUUCCCUUUUACUGAAAGCUUUAUUCCCUCAAAGCCAAGCUGCCAAAUGAGCUUUUCAGUGGCAGGGUGUCACAUAUGAGAUCCCUCCACCAGCCUCUCUUCAAGUCAUUAUACACUUCAGUGGAGAAUAACCUUCUCUUCCUAUGCUUGUCUGAUGACAAACUGCAGCAUUUGCACCUUAGAUUUAUUUACACUUUCUUGAAAGCAUUUUGCAUUCCAUGUCUUUCAAUUGAAAUGUUUCUCUGAAAACUGUAUAUCAAUAAAAAUCUUCUCUGGCACAGUAAAA